GUAUAAUCAUGCGCCGCAAAACUAACCCCACAUCCUUUCCAAUAGCAAGUCAUUGUCACCGUAACAAACACAAUCACAGUCGUCACCGUGACAGUAACGCCAUUAUCAACCUCAACAUCAACCAUCUUCUACACCGUCACCGGAUCCCCCAGUCCCACCAAAACAACCAGCACGAAAACAACAACCGUGACAGUAAUCGCCACCGCGCCCGCAACAACCGGCGCUGCGGUGUGUCCGCUCGGCGAAGGAGGUUCAUGCGGACUCUGGAACCCAGCGCCUGGAGGGUGUAGGCAGUGUGCUGGUGGGCUCACUUGUCGGUCUAUAAUGUGGUCCUCGUCGAGAUGCGAGACGGCUGCUCAGACUGUUAUUACGCUUACCUCGACGAUAUAUAAAUUUUGAGAUGUUAGUAGGUACGGGGUCGAGAUUCAGGAGAUGGUAGAUACAUCGGUUGUUUAUAAAUUAUUGCGGUCUUCUCUGGUCCUUAGUAUGGUUAUAUU